UUUAGACGACAAUUUUGACUGCAAAGGGAGGAGUGAUGGCUUUUAUUCGAAAGGCUGCAGUCAGCACUAUUAUGGUUGCGUCAGUGAGACAGUAUUUCGAAUGAGUUGCCCUCCGAAUCUUAUGUUUAACUCUCCUGCUGGUACUUGUGAAGCAGCUAAAGACGUUUCGGAUUGCAGAGACAACACAAGUGGCGAAGAAAUGCCAUUAGCACCUGUGGUCAGUAGUAUGACACAGCUUCAGCCAAGUUGUUCGGAGCGGCCAGAUGGUCCUUAUCAGCUUGGUCAUUGCUCCGAGGAUUAUAUCGUAUGUCGCGAUGGCACUACUCGCUUAGCUAGCUGCGCUGAUCCACUGGUUUUCAGUCCGCAUAGUUUCCAGUGCGACUUCCGAUCAAAUGUACUCGGAUGUAUGAAGGCGGGUACAAUGAAUGGUCAUAAAGCAGGUUAA